GUAAGCACGUGUAGAAUUCAAUCUGUGUAAAUAGAGAAGCAGUCCAAAGUAUUUCUCAUGGAAAAAUUGAUAAUGGUACGAAUUAUGCGUCGCACAUUACUCGCCGAAUUUCGACAUACUUUGACCAAAAGUGUAUUGAACUAGUCCGAAGGUUGUCUAACUUAUCAGGUGUUUUUUGUUUUAAAUCUUAUUGAGUAAUAGAUACUAUCAGUUUUGUACACCUACAUCUACGUUUCUAGCUGGAACUUGACUAUAUAUAUAACGUAGUAUCGUGCUCAUCAAUUCAUUCGUCUUGGAUUCUGCUAUAAUAAUGAAAUUCGUUACUUGUUUUUACUUUGUACUAUAUGUGGCGCACUUUGCGUUGGCCGAGUACUCGGUAUGUUGUAAUAAUUUUCAUUUAGUUACUUUUUACCUCUGUCAGUCGACACAAACGCUAAUUUGCACACAUAAUUUUCGUGCGAAAAAUCUGAAUGGCACAUUUUCUUAAAAGAAUUUGGAACUCUCGUUUAAAUGAAGCCACAAGACCCUAUAGACUUAGUGAUGUGACCGUUAACCUUGUGAAUGGUAAAAUUCCACCCAACUCCUGGUGGUCUGGCUUUUAUCUUUCACCCCUUAAUAGAUGGUACCUUGGGAUUGAAUUUUUGAAAAACAUAACGGAAGACACUGAAAUCCAUGUCGAUACUACAGUACAAACUUUUGGAUUCUUUCGUUAUGAGGAUUUGUAUCACGAGUCGCAGUCUCUUUGUGAACCAAUCACUGAUAAUUGUGGCUUCUUAAAUUUAUUCCGGCAAAUGCUUGCGAUACCAGAAGGAUGUCCUGUUAAACCGAUGAAAAAAGUCGUAAAUAAAAUUUGGUUCCCGCUGCGAACGUGCCUGAAUUUCGAGAAGGACGUAACACGCAAAAGACUGAGAAUAUUGUUCAAUGUGUGGGAGAGCAAUGCGCUAACAGCCCAGAAUUUAGCAUCUGGCGUGUUGUACGUCGGUACUUAAUAUAGGUAGCACGAUAAAUGCUAUGAAAAUAUACUAAUUACAAUUUCAUGUGUCGUAUGUUGCGCAAUAAAUAAUGUAACGUAAUUGUAAUAUUUCCUCAU